AUGGUUCUGGACACUGAAGAUUGGGCUGAUGAGCUCCCGCCAGAACAGAUUGCCGUCCUUCGCAAGGCGUUCGAUGGCUUCGACCACAACCGCUCUGGCAGUAUCCCGUGUGACUUCGUAGCUGACAUUCUACGUAUGAUGGGGCAGCCAUUCAACAAGAAGAUUCUUGAAGAACUCAUUGAGGAAGUCGACGCAGACAAAUCUGGCCGUCUUGAAUUUGGAGAAUUCGUAACGCUCGCUGCCAAGUUUAUCGUAGAAGAGGACGCUGAAGCUAUGCAGAAGGAGCUCAGGGAAGCAUUUAGAUUAUACGACAAGGAAGGCAACGGUUACAUUCCCACCUCAAGCUUGCGUGAAAUCCUCCGUGAACUGGACGAGCAGCUAACGGAAGACGAACUUGAUGGUCUCAUUCAGGAAAUUGACACAGACGGCAGCGGAACAGUUGACUUCGAUGAAUUCAUGGAAAUGAUGACCGGAGAAUAA